AGUGAUAAACAAAAGAGUGUUGAGAGUCAUGGUGGAGUGAGAGUCAUCAUAACACUGCUGCUGCUGCUCCUGCCUCUCCUCACUUAAAUAUCUCAAAAUGCCUGACCAUUUAGGAGCAGACAUGAGGAAAACCAACGAGGAUAAAGGCGAUGAUGAGCCUAUUAAGAUGCUUGAUGAAGCUGACAUUACCCUACUGAAGUCAUAUGGUCAGGGGCCAUACACUAAAGUAAUCAAGAAUGUUGAAGAUGAUAUCCAGAAAACUGUUAAAAAGGUCAAUGAAUUAACAGGAAUCAAGGAAUCUGACACAGGUUUAGCAGUGCCUGCUCUUUGGGACCUGGCAGCUGAUAAACAGACACUUCAGAAUGAACAGCCACUUCAGGUUGCAAGGUGCACUAAAAUCAUUAAUGCUGAUUCUGAUGAUCCAAAGUAUAUCAUAAAUGUCAAGCAGUUUGCCAAAUUUGUAGUGGACUUGGCAGAUUCAGUUGCACCCACUGAUAUUGAAGAAGGCAUGCGAGUUGGUGUGGAUCGGAACAAGUAUCAAAUACAUAUUCCUCUUCCACCCAAAAUUGAUCCAUCAGUCACAAUGAUGCAAGUAGAAGAGAAGCCUGAUGUUACAUACUCUGAUGUGGGAGGCUGCAAAGAACAGAUUGAAAAGCUUCGUGAAGUAGUGGAAACCCCGCUUUUACAUCCUGAAAGAUUUGUUAAUCUUGGCAUUGAACCGCCCAAAGGUGUUCUCCUGUUUGGGCCUCCAGGAACAGGCAAGACACUGUGUGCUCGAGCAGUUGCUAACCGUACAGAUGCCUGCUUCAUCAGAGUUAUUGGUUCAGAGUUAGUGCAAAAGUAUGUGGGAGAGGGUGCUCGCAUGGUACGUGAACUCUUCGAGAUGGCGCGCACCAAAAAAGCUUGUUUGAUAUUCUUCGAUGAAAUUGAUGCCAUUGGAGGUGCUCGAUUUGAUGAUGGUGCUGGAGGCGACAAUGAAGUGCAGAGAACUAUGUUGGAGCUCAUCAACCAGCUUGAUGGAUUUGAUGCUCGUGGUAAUAUCAAGGUUCUGAUGGCAACUAAUCGACCGGAUACUCUUGAUCCUGCUCUCAUGAGACCUGGACGUUUGGAUCGUAAAGUAGAAUUUGGUCUACCUGAUCUAGAAGGAAGGGCCCACAUCUUCAAAAUCCAUGCUAAAUCCAUGUCUGUUGAACGAGACAUCCGCUUUGAUCUACUGGCACGUUUAUGUCCUAACAGCACAGGCGCAGAAAUUCGAUCAGUUUGCACAGAAGCAGGUAUGUACGCUAUUCGUGCUCGUCGGAAGGUAGCCACAGAGAAGGACUUCUUGGAUGCCGUCAACAAGGUUAUCAAGGCUUAUGCUAAAUUCUCAGCAACCCCACGUUACAUGACAUAUAACUAAGGCUCUUAAUUUGUUUGUAAGAUAUAUAAUGUCUUGGAAAACUAUUAAUAGUCCUGGAAUAUAGUACGACUGUCAUGGAGCUCUUAAUGUAAGUCUAAGGUAAAAAAAAUACAGUAUGUAAUAUUUUGUAUGCUGACUAGACAACAUCUCAACAUAUUUUCCUUAAUAAUUAAAGCUAAAGAGAA